AUGUAUCCGGGGUAGUUUCUUAGCCCUGGAGCACAUGCGCCGUGACCGCGGAGGUCGUGGUGGUGUCAUCAUUAACGUGGCAUCUCGUGCAGGAACCCAUAUAUAUUCGUUUUUACCGACCUACUCUGCGUCCAAGCAUGCUGUGGUCGGCUUCACCACCAGCUUGGCUAUGGGUCCUGACCAGAGAAACCAUGGUGUCCGCUGGUGCUGUCUGUGUCCAGACGCCAUUCAGACCUCAGCGGCUUCUAACAAGGAUCUUACCUCUCACCCAGAACUAGCCAAGCAGUAUGUACAAAAGCACGGAGCUAUGCCAAUUUCCCAGGUGGUACAGGCCGUUAUGAAACUGAUACGAGAUCCAGACAACAACUGCGCCAUCUUGGAGGUGUCCCAUGAGAAGGGGGCUCGUUACCUGCGACGACAGGUUGUUGACCGCGAUGAUGUUUCCGAUGUCGAAGUGGUGGACACGUACUGAGGACUGAGGGGCUCGUAAAACCUACUCAAAAUUCUUGUUAUUCUUUUUAUAAUUUAUUAUCUCUCACAGAUACAUAACACAUAAAAAGCAAUAUUUUACAAUAUAACAACAUAAAAGCAAACAUAUGCACAUAGAUUAACAGUCAUUUUAAGAAUACGUCCAUCUGCCAAGCCAGCAAUGUAAUAUUUUACACAACAGAGACAAAGUAUGUAUUCUUUUCACACCUCACACAAAUCAAGCAAUCAUCAUAGAAGGCACCUUGGAUCUCAUGUGUAAUAGGCUGACAGCGCAACAAUAUUAAUGUAUGUAAUAUCAACACAUGUAAUUUAUGUAAUCA